AAUUAUUUCUGCUGGUAGCUUUAAGAAAGGUUUUUCCCCCUAUACGCUUAUUAUUAUGGUAUUUUAAAAUGAUUAUAUGGGAAUAUUGGGUAUUAUAAUUAGUAAUCUUUAAUAUGAGAACUCCCCACCUUUUCCCUGUCCACACUCCACAAUGGAUCUGAACCCCUGAGGAGCCUUGGGAUUUAUUUCAAAGUUCACCAGUUUUAUCUGUUGGCAUAAUCUUGCAGGAGAAUGAAAGUAAUGCCCUGGAAGGAGCUGCCACCCACAGCUGGAAGGGAAAAACUGCCAGGGAAAAGUCGGGAAGAGGAGGCAGAGCUGGAGGAGCUGCACCUGCACCACAACUGAGCAGAAGUUCUCAGACUUCCUCACUUUGCUCCAAGCCCUUGAAAUAGGAGAAGAUGCUCCAGCACCUGUGGAACAGAUUCUGAGGGGCACCAGCAGAUCCCGACCAUGGCACCGGUUCCGGUCAGUGCCUUGUACAUGAGACCCUUGAAAUGGAUUUUCCUGUUGCUGCUGGUGUUUUCCCUGAUAACCAUGUGGUACAUCACCUCCUCCUCCAACGCUGGCCUGGAGAGCAUCAACCUGCUCUACUUCUACGAGUACGAGCCCGUGUACCGGCAGCAGCGCCCGUUCUCGCUGCGCGAGCGCCCCAAGUGCGCCGACGUCGACCCCUUCCUGGUCAUCCUGGUGGCUUCCAGCCCCAGGGACGUGAAAGCCAGGCAGGCCAUCAGGAUCACCUGGGGCUCCCGGGAUUCCUGGUGGGGCCAGCGCGUCCUGACCCUGUUCCUGCUGGGACGGGACACGCAGAGGGAGGACGGGGCGGCGGCGCUGUCGGUGGAGGACGAGAGCAUCCUCUACGGGGACAUCAUCCGCCAGGAUUUCACGGACACUUACGACAACCUCACCCUGAAGACCAUCAUGGCAUUCCAGUGGCUCUCCGAGUUCUGCUCCAACGCCAGGUUCUUCAUGAAGACCGACACCGAUGUCUUCAUCAACACUCCCAACCUGGUGAAGCUCCUGCUGCAGCUGAAUUCCUCGGAGAACGUCUUCACCGGGUAUCCCCUCAUCGACAACUUCGCCUACAGAGGCCUGGACAGAAGGAGGUACAUCUCCUAUCAGGAAUAUCCCUUCAGGCUGUAUCCUCCCUACUGCAGCGGGCUGGGAUACAUACUGGAUGGAAAACUGGCUCUGAGGACCUACGAGCUGAUGGGCCACGUCAAACCUCUGAAAUUUGAGGAUGUUUAUGUGGGAAUUUGCUUAAAUAUACUCAAAGUCAACGUCACUGUUCCAGAGGAUGCAGAACAGUUCUUUCUCUAUAAAAUCAGCUUUGAUAUCUGUAAGUACAGACAUUUGAUUGCAGUUCAUGGCCUCACAUCAAAUGAACUGGUCCAGUUUUGGCAGGAUUUGUCAUCUGACACUUCAAAAACUUGCCUUUGAUUGUGGAUUUAUUUAGAAACUUCUGUUUGGUGCGAGAGUGGCCUCUAGAGACGACUCUGACUGCUGGGGCAGCGUUUCUCGAGGGCAUUCCAAUGCUCUUCAGGAAAAACAGGGAUUCACAGAGCACUUUUCCAUGUGUGUACCCCACACCCAGAGGUUCCUUGGAACCCCCUGCCUCUGCUGCCUUUCCAUGUGCUCAGAGCAACCCUGGGAUUUCCCCCUGAAUCUUCUGGAAUGUACAAAACACCACCGAGGGAAGGUGUUUAUGCCAAGAAAGCAGCUUUGAUUUGAAAUUCCUGCCUGGAUUGUUUUUGUUGUUUUAUUGCCACUCUCCAUUAUUUGUUCUCUGCCCAGCACAAAAUUGAACCCAACCCAAGGUUUUUUUUUUGCCUGUGUAAUCCUCCUGAGAGUGUCACACCUUGGCAUUUAAAUGUGUCACCUCCACAACGCUUCCAGGAGUGUUCCCAGCCUGGGGAUCCUGUGGGAUCUGCAGGAGCUGAUGAGAAAUGCUGGAAAUGUGGUGCAAUUUGUGUGUCCACGUUCACUGGAAUGGCUUUGGUGUCUCUGCUGGUGUUCCCAGAUCAGGCAGAUGGAGCUCACGAGCAAUUUGGACAUCCCAAAAACAUUUGGAUCAUCAAUCCCCCCACCCCUGUGUGUGUGUGUGAUGCAUCCCAGGAGUUCUGGAACCCUGUGGGGAAGAUGAAGAAUCAUUUCUGUUGUGAUUUAUGUCUGUUUCUAAAUGAGUGGUUUUGUUCCAAUUUUAAAAUUAACAAAGGCAGGAAUUCCCCCACCUCUACUUUUAAAAAAGACCAGCUCCGCCCUGUGUGUAAAGACCGGUUUUUAAUCACUUUAUUCAUAUCAGCAAGGCCCAGUUUUCAGUAGUUUACACUUCUAAUGGACAACGAUACAGAAUUUGCAAUUGCAUGAACAUAAUUAACCUGGACACAUCCACUACACGGGGGAGGGACUGCGGAGACGUCCUGGCCGCGCUCCCGUUGGGCUGGCACAACCCCAGGGCCCCGUGGUGGCUUGGGGACAGAGCCCAGGGGCUGGGACAGAGCCCAGGGACAGGGACAGAGCCCGGGGGCUGGGACAGAGCCCAGGAACUUGGCUGAGGCUCCCCUGUGCCCCCAGCACGCCGGGCUCCACGGGCAGCGCCGGCUUUCGCUCCGCUCCACACCUGGCCUGGGCGUGCGAUCUGAGGAUGGGCUUGUGUUCUUUAGGGAUCAAAAGGUCUUGGGGACAACACUC